GCGGGCCCGGGCCGCGGGCGCGCUGGGAGGAAGGAAGGGCCCAGCGUGCAGGUGACUCCGUCCGGCCAUGGCGUGGGGGCGGAGGAUGCGGGCGGCCGGGCGUGGCACGCCUCGCCCAGGCUGCGCUUCCCGCCCCGGCCUCGGAGCGAUGGGUCAGCUAGAGCUCGGCGCCUAGAUUUGGCGGGGCUCGGGGCAAAGCACCCUGUACUAACUACUCAGCGGGUCCCACUCGCCAAGAGUCGAUUUUCGUCCUCACCACAGACUUGGGAGGGAGGUCUCGUUUUGCUAAUGAGAAAACGGAGGCUCAGAGGGGUGAGCCGAUUUGCCCGAGGUCGCACAGGAAGAGGCGGAAUUCCUAGCGAGUAAGCUGGACACAAAAUAAAGAAAUGGAGGCCCAGGGAGCUGAAGUUCUUUCCCAGCAUUUGCUGCCAGGAGUCUCUCCACCAUGAGGAAUGAGGCCAAGGGGGAAGCCCGAGGCGUGGUGCUUCGAGGUCCGCUGUGUGGUGUCAUGGAGGCAGCCUGGGUCAGUGUUGACCGGUGCCGCUCUAGGGAGAAGAACCCACUUUCUCCCCGGAGCUUUGCCCAGUGCUGUCCUGCGCUCCGGCUCCCACCGCCCAUGUCUGGAGAGAAAACAGAGGGGCUCAAGACAGGGAAACUGAGACACAGGAAGACAGAGUAACUUGCUCAAGACCCAUCAGGGAUGGAUCUGAAGCUGGAACCCAGGUUUCUAGACUCUCAGGCCAUGGCCUCCCAAGGUAUCAUGACCUUAAAGGGGGAACUGCCACUCAGGCCUAAGGGUGGAAGGAACGCCAGAGCCCGGAGCAGUGCACACCCAGCCCCUCCCAGCGGUGUGGGAGUCUCCAGGCAUCUCCUCCGGGGAUCUCGCACUUCUCAAGGAGCUGCCCAUCAGGCUGGAAGCGCCCCUUGGGACUCAAGCCGAGGGCUGGCUGAGGUACCCGGUGUGUGCAUGCACACGUGUUGUACACAUACGGGCCUUGGAGCAGAGACAGCAGGACUCAAGCUCAGAGCCUUCCACAGAAAACACUCUCGGCCCUCAGAGCCCAGUGCCGCCGCCAUGUCCUCCAGCGCUAGCGCGAGCGCCCUGCAGCACCUGGUGGAGCAGCUCAAGUUGGAGGCUGGCAUGGAGAGGAUCAAGGUCCCUCAGGCAGCUGCAGAGCUUCAACAAUACUGUAUGCAGAAUGCCUGCAAGGAUGCCCUGCUGGUGGGUGUUCCAGCCGGAAGUAACCCCUUCCGGGAGCCCAGAUCCUGUGCUUUACUCUGAAGGCUCUAGGAGAGAAGUUCACUGAGGAAUGCCUUCGAGCACAAAGUGACGAAUGACUGCCUUCAAGUCUCAAGAAAACACUUUUCCCUACCUCUAAUUAGAGAUAUUUUAGCCCUUUCCUGUGGCCUGGUCCUAUAGCGAAAAUCACAGAAAUUCAUGAGUUUCUACUUGAGUGAGGAAACUGGGUGAAGGAAUAGAGUUUUAAAUAGUAAUAGCCUGUUUUUUUGUGCAAGUACUUUUAUACAUAAGACAAAGAAAAACCUUACCACCAAAUAUACCAAAAUGCACCUGUUUCAUAAGUGAGUUACUAAUAUUUCUAUACCUGGAAUAUCAUGUAUGUUUUAUUUACUGGAUGUUUACAUUUUAAGAAGGAAAAUAGUUGUGUUUAUUUAAACAAA